CUAUCCCAGAUCUGCUGAAUGAGCAUCUCUGAGGCCUGGGUCUGGGAUUCUGCCAUUUUAUCAGGAAUCCCGAAUGGAAUUUAAAACAAGUUUUAGAUCCCCUGGUCUACAGAGCUGGGUAAAUACUUAAAUUCUACAUUUACGUUACAAUGACAGUGAAUAUUCCUUUUUUUAAAAAGUAGCUCCUCUGCUUCCUUUUAAGUGGUGUGCAGUUUAUGGAGAUUUUAUUUAUGCCCAACUUUCAGUGAUACGUCUGUUGCUGAAAUAAGUUAUGCUGGGCUUGAGGUUGAUAGAUAGGAACUAAAUGUCUCUACCUGGUAUUCCCAAGAAGCCUCAGAUAUUCUAGAAUUUGGAUUCGGUACCAACUUUGGUCUUUGUCUUGCAUUUCUUAGGUUUCAUAGGAAUGAACAGUACAAGUCACUGAGCCACACAACAAUGUCAGGGACUGCCAUGGCUCUUGGGUGCCCUGUCCUUCAGAAUCUGGCUCCAUAGGCACAGGAGCUGGAACUUGGGGAAGCUGGGUAGCCCAGAGAACAGAGGUUCAUGUGCAUGACCAUCCCCCUGAUUUCUUACCUCUAACUGUGCCAUAAGAUGAUUGAGAAUAGCCUUGACCAGUGAAGGAAGCUCUAAAUUACUUCAUUUAAUGAAGUAUGGAUCAAGCAGAAGAUAAGGUACUUAUCAGUGUGCUGUGGAGUUUGGAAUAAUUAAAGUUAGAUCUUCUUAAAGUCCUUAUGCCCAUGAAAUGGAAUCUAGGUUUUAAUAACUUAAGUUGUUAAUCAAUUAAUUAACUUAGGGGAGAUUUAUUUUAUUAUACCUUUGUGGACAGUGUCAUGUUUUCUCAGGCUCUGUGAAUAACCACUGUCAAUUAAUUUAUUUAAUUGAUUUAACCACUGUGUUCAUUAAUUUAUUUGACAUUCAUUUGUCACCCUCCUGUGUCCUGGUGCUAUAUUCUUGGGUUACAGAUAUGUGUAAGUCAUUUUUCUUGCUCUCAAGGAGGGCAUGGCCUAGUGGGGAAAUACACAACCAAUCAAUGGUGAGUGAUGGUGGAGGCUCGUAUAUUGCUGUAGCAACGAAGUGGAUGGUGCAGUUCCGCGGGAGCAUACGGGAAGGGGGCGUUGACCUGCAAGGCUUCUCUGUGGAGAAGGCUAAGUAGAUCUUUUAAGAAUAAGCAGGAGUUCACCGAGCAGAUUGCGGGGGGAGAGGGCAUUCUGGGCAUAAACAUUAGCAAAUGCAAUUACAUGGAAGUAUGGAAAAGUAUGGCAUGUUUGACUUGCACGUGGGAGAGUAACAGCAAUACCCUUUCGCAAGCAGCAUUUAAGGGGACUUGCCGUGAGAAGAAAUGUGUUUGUUACAGUGUCUUCAGAUUUUUAUCUUUUAUUGUGGUAAAAUAUACAUUACAUGAAAUUUUCCACUUCAGCCAUUCUUAAAUGUACAGUUCUGUGACACCUACAUACAGCAUUUAUAUUGCUGUGCAGCCAUCACCACUGUCCGUCUCCAGAUCUUUUCAUCUUCCAAAACUGAAAAUCUGUACUCAUUAAAUGCUAACUCCUCACUCUGUCCCCUCCCCGAGCCCCUGAAGACACCAUUCUGCUUUCUGUCUCUGAAUCUGACUGUUCUUAGGUACCUCAUGUAAGUGGAAUCAUGCAGUAUUUGUCUGUUUGUUCCAGCUUAACAUAAACAUCACUUAGCAUAAUGUCUUCAAGCUACAUCCGUGUUGUAGCACGCGUCAGAAUCUCCUUUCUAAGGCUGAGUAAAUCCUAUUAUAUGUCUCUAACACAUUUUGUUUAUCUGUUCGUCCAUCAGUGGACACUGGAGUUGCCUCCACCUUUGGGCUGUUGUGAAUAUGCUCUGAAUAUGGACGUACUCAGAUUUUGUAUCUUAUUACCUAAGCUGUUAAACUUUCAAAUGUUAAGUGCAAAAUGAUUUCCUACAAGCCCUUGAUAAGACAGUGCCUUUGGUUGAGGUGCUUACAGUUUUGUUGUGGAGAUGUGUUGGCACUCUUGAAAACAAGACUGUGGGCGGAAUAUGAUUAAAAUACCCAAUGGCACUAGUAGAAUUCACUUUUAAAUUUCCUGUGAUCAUGAACAGGAAGCAAAGCCUCCAAAGACUUACUCUGGAAAGGUGGUGAACACAGCUGAUUAUAAGCCGAGGACUUACCCAGCAAGAGCAUCACUAUCUGUGUUUGCAAACUAAAUCUCCUCUCUUGGUAAAGUAGCCUCUGAGCAUCUUGAUUCAUAACUAAGCAUUGUGGGGACAGUGGGAAGGAGCUAGGCAAAAGAAAUUUUAUGGAGACGCGUGAGAGGACCAGCUUCCUACAUAGCUGGUGAGAGAGUGCGAUCACUCGGUAAGUUGUUUGUAGACAAGGUAAUUGAGGAACCAAGGAUCCUUAUUUUUAAAAAAAACUAGACUCUUCAGGGAGCUAGACAUUAUUGUGAAAAUAGACUGUUAAGAGGGUGUGUGUGUGUGUGUGUGCGCGCGCGUGCGCACGUGCGUGUGUGUAUACAGCCCCAACCUUCCUGACUACUAAGAAAGUGAUUCUGUUACUUCUAUUUCUGCAGUACAGCCUCAAGCCCAGGGCUGGGCCAGUCCCUUCAUUAACUCACUCCCCUGUUACAGACCUCCUGCUUCCCCUUCUUGGACACCCUGUGGCUGAAACUGGAGACACGCAAGAUUAGGAGUAUGAGUUUAAAGCCAAAAACAUCAAGAAGAAGAAGGUGAGCAUUAUGGUUUCAGUGGAUGGAGUGAAAGUGAUUCUGAAGAAGAAGAAGAAGCUUCUUUUAUUGCAGAAAAAGGAGUGGACGUGGGAUGAGAGCAAGAUGCUGGUGAUGCAGGACCCUAUCUACAGGAUCUUCUACGUCUCUCACGAUUCCCAAGACUUGAAGAUCUUCAGCUAUAUCGCUCGAGAUGGUGCCAGCAAUAUCUUCAGGUGUAACGUCUUUAAAUCCAAGAAGAAGAGCCAAGCUAUGCGAAUCGUCCGGACGGUGGGGCAGGCCUUCGAGGUCUGCCACAAGCUGAGCCUGCAGCACACGCAGCAGAAUGCCGACGGCCAGGAAGACGGGGACAGUGAGAGGAACAGCAACAGCUCAGGGGACCCAGGCCGCCAGCUCACCGGAGCCGAGAGGGCCUCCACGGCCACCGCAGAGGAGACGGACAUCGAUGCAGUUGAGGUCCCGCUCCCAGGGAAUGAUGCCCUGGAGUUCAGCCGAGGUGUGACUGACCUCGACGCGGUAGGGAAGGAAGGAGGCUCCCAUACAGACUCCAAGGUCUCAGCCCGCCCCCAGGAGCCCAUGCUGACAGCCUCGCCCAGGAUGCUUCUUCCCACUUCUUCCUCGAAGCCCCCGGGCUUGGGCGCGGGCACGCCGCUGUCCACCCAGCACCAGAUGCAGCUCCUCCAGCAGCUCCUCCAGCAGCAGCAGCAACAGACACAAGUGGCUGUGGCCCAGGUUCACUUACUGAAGGACCAGCUGGCUGCUGAGGCUGCGGCGCGGCUGGAGGCCCAGGCUCGCGUGCACCAGCUCCUGCUGCAGAACAAGGACAUGCUUCAGCACAUCUCUCUGCUGGUGAAGCAGGUGCAGGAGCUGGAGCUGAAGCUGUCGGGACAGAACGCCAUGGGCUCCCAGGAUAGCUUGCUGGAGAUCACCUUCCGCUCUGGAGCUCUUCCCGUGCUCUGUGACCCCACGACCCCGAAGCCAGAGGACCUGCACUCGCCGCCCCUGGGCGCGGGCUUGGCCGACUUCGCCCACCCAGUGGGCAGCCCCUUAGUCGACCACAGCAUGUUUGAGAACUUGAACACGGCCCUCACUCCAAAGCUCCAGCCAAGCCGCUCCUUCCCCCACGUGUCCAGGCCUGCGGCCCCCAGCUCUGCCGCCCUGGGGCCUGUGGAGCCCGGAGGGCCUGGACUCUGGGUGGGCAGCAGCCAGCACCUCAAGAACCUGGGCAAAGCCAUGGGGGCCAAAGUCAACGACUUCCUGCGGAGAAAAGAGCCCUCGAGCCUGGGCAGCGUGGGCACGAUGGAGGUCAACAAGACUGCAGGGGCCCAGCUGGCCGGCGGGGCUGACGUGGAUGACGGAAGGUCAUCCCUGCAAGAAGCAUUCCCUCGGCUGGAUCCCCCGCCUCCUACCACCAGGAAGCGAACCCCUCGGGCCCUGAAGACCACCCAGGACAUGCUGAUUUCAUCGCAGCCAGUCCUAAGCAGUCUGGAGUAUGGGACAGAGCUGUCACCUGGGCAGCCCCAGGACUCCCCUCCCACUGCCCAGCCCAGCCCAGCAGAUGCUUCACAGCCAGAGGCCAUCGUGGAAAUGGUGGACAGGGGCGAGGCUCUGCCCAAUGGAGAGGUUUCCCUGUCGGUACCUGACCUAAUCCACAAGGACAACCAGGACGAACCGAAGCUGAAGGUGACUGAGUGCCGAAGGGCCUCCUCCCCUGGCCUCAUCGAGAGAAAUGGCCUCAAACUCAGCCUGAGCCCCAUCAGCCUGGCUGAGCCUCUGGAGGACAGCAGCCCGCCUCCUCGGGCACGGACCUCCAGCCUUGACAUGGAGGGCCCUCACCCAGACCUGCUGUCCUUUGAGUAGAGCUUCUUCUGCUCCUGCUGAGACCCCCUCCCCUCUGCUCGCUUCUCCACUGUGCACCCUGGCCCUUGCCCCAGCUCCACCCUGCUGUUUGUCCUGCUUGCACAAGGCUCAGCAGAGCCAGUUCUUCCACACGGGCUGCUGCAGGGCCACAAGUCCACGUGUAGUCCUAGUUCAAGAGUCCGUCUGUGGAAUGGCAAAAGGACUCGGGUGCCAUCCCCGCUCCUUGGCGUGCUGGCUGCAGCCCUUGGAUACUAGGGCGCCUCUGCUCCGAGUUGCCCUGACUUCCCACUGACCUGCAAGGCCAGCAGCCCAGGAUGAAGGGUAUUCUCUCUGCCUGGCUCCCACAUGCUGCCUGCUCUUCUCCCUCCCAUGCCCUCCUGGUUCCUUCCUUCUCCUCCCUGGGGGCCGGAGGCCUCCUGCCUCCAGGGGAAUCAGGCUGGAUGAGGGAUGAUGGGUUUGGCUCGAUGAUGGGCCCAGGCCCAGAAAGCCGCAUACCCUGAGCACAGCCCAGCCACAGCUCCUCCUGACCCCAAGACAGCACAGGCCCUUGGGUUGUUACCUCGCCUCUGCCCGUGUGGAUGCAAGCCGGGGGCAAUGCUUACCGGACCUGAGACCUCGGGCAGCCUUGUCGACACCCCGGGUUCACAGGGUGUGUCUCGUCUAGCCUGAGGCAGGGCACGGAGCCAGCCACCGAGAGCGCCUGCCCAGCAUGGGAGUGUGGAGGGGCACUGGGCAAGAUGAUGCAGUCAGCUACGCUCGGGCUCCCUGCACAGAAGAAGAGACCCGGGCUUCCCUCGCUGUGCGUGAAGACAGGGCUAGGCAGGCCCUGGCAGAAGCAGCAGAGCAAGUUCUGAUUUUGUUUGGCGGGGAGGGCCCAGGAACCUGGCGUCCAGGGAGCUGGUCCCGAGAGAACCCAGAGCAGUAGUGGGGAAGGCAGUGAAAACGGGAUGGGGAAAGAGUAGUCGUAAGGGCUCAGAGCAGCUUUUCGGGGUUUCCACAGCGUGAUGUGAUGUAGUUGUAGGGUCUAGGCGUGGUAAGUGCAGGAAGCCAGGUGAGAAGUGUGAGAGGUUGGAAUGUGGUAGGAACCGUGGAGCAGGCCACGCUUAAGUAGGAGGCGCUCCGCUCUUGUACAGAAGGUGCUGUCUACCUGCCUGCCUCUGGGGUCUCUGUGAAGGACUGACAGUUCACACAGCCCCACUGGUUCUGCCCUCCUGGGUUAACCCACGUCUGUGUUCCUGUCUCCCACCAGGGGUCCUGUCAUGCUGUCUUCCUGUGGCCAAGAGACCCUGUCGGGGGGUGAUCCCAACCCCGGGGGCCUUUGCAGCAAGAAGAGAACAUGCCUUUUUUUGAGCAAGGUGGCUGGGUCCCCGGGAGAAGGCUGGGAGUGGCACAUCUGGCCAGAGUGGGCUGUUUAGUUCUCCUUCUGUGACCCCUGCCGCCUCCCCUUUUCUAUUCUUUGUUCGGCUUCCCACUCUGGGUGCCCCAGAGCUCACUGCCCACUUCAUCUCAUCACCCGGUUCCUGCUCCCCAGGAACCACCCCUGCCUUAUAAAAUGUCCAAGCUAACUCGUGUAGACCCGGGAGCCUCGGGGGACCACCGGGAUGCAGGUGCCCUUCCCGCCUCCUUGCUUCUGCGGCCGGGGGCCUUGCCAUAGCUCUCCCGCCGCCUUUUCUCCUACCCUGCGUUCUCAGAGUGAAGCUUUGUCUCAUCUUCCUCAGGAGGGUCCAGGCACGCCGGGCACCUUGCAGGCCGUGGUGAAGCGAGGAAGGCUGUUACUGAAUUGAGUCGAUCCUGACUUACUCCAGGAAUAUCACAAAGAUGUUGAUAUCUGACCCUGAUGCUCAGAAGUUCUCAGGACUAGCAUUUGGGGGCCCGUGAGUUUUCCCACAAUGGCUUGGGGUUCUGCACAAAACACAGAGCUGGGGGCAGAGAACUAAACCCACGUGCUGGCAGCUAGCCCACUUUCAUCUGUGCUUCCAUCCCAGAAGCUCGGUUUGCUUCUCUGAUGGGAAACUUACCAGGUUCCUGCACUCUGGGGCUGCUCCUCUCCCAGAGACCAGGGUGGCUCUGGCCGGGUGUUAUUGUAGCCAUAGGUGCAGAGGUGGCAGGCCCGGGCUGGCUUAAGCACCCUGCUCUCCGCUCCACACCCAGCCGCUGCUGAGGCCCUGGCCCUCAGACCCAGGGUUAGCCCAGGGAUCCUAUCAGGCUGUCCCAGGACCGUGACCAGGGUGGUCCCAGUGUUCCUUGGACUCGUGUCUAGUACCAAACAAGGAACUGUGGGACCCUGCUUCAAUGUCUGGGUGGCCUCUCUGUGAUCUCCAUCUCAGCCAUCCUUCUACAGGAGGGGUGAUGCUGCUACUGGGGUGGAGGAGCUCUCUGAGGCUAAAAUCAGGUCCUAGAUGUGACAGAGAGUGCCUGGUGCUAGGGCUAAGUGUAGCCCAGAGGCCAGUAGGAACAGCGACUUCUAUACUGCUGAGGGCCCCGGCUCAGACCAGCUCUUGACUUCCCAUGUCCAUGUCAACAGCCUGACCUGCCCAUGACUGCGGCAUGGCAGUCACCCCCCUGACACACCCCUCAUGGUGAAUCCAACUUCUCUGGAAGCUUGGCCCAGUCUGCUCGAGGACAGGGUACUGAGGAGAAAUGAAGGGCCUGUCUUCUGUGUCCACAGAAGGAAGCUGGGGCCACAGAGUUUUUUUCUCUCCCUGUUACCCACUGUCCUGUAUUCCCAUAUUCAGCAAUAGUUUUACCCUGAUAGAUGCCAGGUGAGCUUCCAGAACUGGGCAGGAAGGUGGCAUAUUCCCCUGCAUGGAGAGAAAUGUAUCUGUGUUAACGAAUGUGGGUGAUAUGAAGACAUUCAUGUGGUCCAUCAACUUUUAAAGAACAAAGAGGUUGGCCCCAGUUUGGGGAAAGAAGAAUAUUACAGAGCUAUUCCAAGUGUUUUCUAAAGGUUUUAUAUUUAUAUUUUUAGUCACCUUCUGGUAGAAGGAAACUACACAAUAAAGUGAUUUGGUCUGGUUU